AUGCCCCCUCAAUCUCAGACGAACCAGCAAUACGCCGGUGCUCAACAACAGAGGAACAAUUACCACGGAGUGGCUGGAGGUGUCACUGGUCCGGUGGCCUAUAGAGGAGCUUCUGCCCCCAUCCAACCAUACUCCUUCACGGCUACCCCGAGCCUCAGCCCAAACGGACAGUGGCAGCACUAUUCGGCCUAUCGGGCAUCGUCUUCUCCUUCCAUCCCGACAAUGCAGAGCUUCGAUCCAGCUAAUGGCACGGCGCGGUCACGGCACGGCGCGAACGCCUCUAUGCCCAACUUGCCCAACUCGGCGUUGAACAUCGCCUCGGUUGGGUCUCGUGACGACUCCGUGCUGUCUGUCCCGGGCACGAGAAGAGUCAGUCCUGGCCCUCGGCCACAGUCUGCUUUUCUCCCCAACUCCACAAACCAGUUACCGUCGGUGUCAACGACACCCGCAAAAAGCCAACCCGACCGAUAUCGACGAAACGCGGCUCAACGAGCGCCGGAAUCAGGGGCGUCACAGGGCUCAGCAACUCCAUCAGGCUCGGGUAUGGCAGCUGUGAGCCAUCUGUACAGCCAGCCAAGCCCCAACAAGGAACGGCGGCCUAGCCCAUCAAGUUUGACCAGGCCGAGCAGUUUCUACGCGAAGGUACCAGGCUCCGUGGAUGAUAUGCAACUCGGAAGACAUCAAGAGGAUUCCAGAAGGUUUCGCCGGCGCAGCAUGCCCGCUUUGGAUACUACUGAUCUGCCCAUGCCCAAAUCCCUGCAACCAACGGAUCUCAAGCGAUCAGAAGACACAUCUGCGGACCGCUCAGCAGCCAAAGGUGGCAACGAUAAAGAUCAAAUUAAGACUGCCAGGCUGGUGACCAUCAGCAGCCCGGUGGCGGGCGCGAAGAACGGUAGCUCUGAUAGUCUCGUCUCGAGCCGGAGCAGUAAUUCUCGACCAUCUUCGUCUGCCCACCGUAACAACGUUCCAACCCCAACCGGGAACCCCGCCCAGCUUUCUGAGCCCACAGAUCAAACGUCUACCAAUCCAGACUCUCCUAGGCUUGUCAACAUCCCACCCAGGAGCUCAUCUUCCGAUGCCGCCAAACGGCUUGCCAAUCCAUCGCCGCUAUCAAAGCCGGUGACGAUGGACACUGAGAAGGGGUCCAAGGGAUCGAAGGAACCUGCGGCUGCCACCGCCAGGCCCGAGUCUAAGACUGGUUCUGCCGAGCCUUCGUCAAGCACUGGUUAUGACAGUCCUGCCGUCAAGCAAUUGGCUGCCAUUAACCAGAAAGGAGGCAAGUUGAAGAGCAAGACCUCAAGACUUCGCCGGGCCUUGUCUUUUGGAAGUGCUGCCGAGCUCAGGCGAGCUGGGGCUGCGGAUGGGAGCAAGGAGAAUGGCGGAUCCUCGGAGGCGACGACUUCGCAACAGAACCAACCUGCUGGGGAGCUCGAUGCAGAGCAGGCCCGUAUCGCUGAACUGCAAGAGGCCGCGGGAAUUGGCAACAAUAUCUACGCUGGCUCAAGGCUGUUCUCAGGCUCCACUGAUAACCUUUCUAUCUCCUCCACGGCCUCCUCGGCCUCGAUUAUGAUCCGAAAGAUGGGUCGUGGGAUGAAGAAAGGCGGACGCUCCCUGGCUGGCUUGUUCCGGCCGAAGUCCAUCGUCGGUGUACCCACUGCGGAGGUCCCAGAAGCGAGCCAGGCUGCCGUGUCCAUGGUGACAGUUGAGGCGGAGAGGGAACGCGUCAACGUCAACCCCGACCCAAAUCCAAAUAACGGUGGCGGCACCGGUUUUCCGCGACUGGAACGGAACUCCAUGGAUGUUAGCAACGCAGCCGACGGGUUGACGCCGGAGCGAGCUGGAAGUUCGGGAACAGACAACUCCAACUCGCGAAAGAGCAUCGUUGGUGGUGACAGGGAGCGAGCUGAGGUGCUGGCGGCAGUACGAAAAGGCAUCCUGAAACACUCCAACGGCUCUUCUAGCCCUUCGCCCCGAGUCGAGAGAGGUCCCCUCUUCGAUUUGCCCGCGGUCCCUCACGUCGCUGACUCUCCAAACUCGAGUGCUCCUAGCACCCCCAACGACGAAGCGAACCACAAUCGGAGCGGGUCUGUCACAAUUGGCAGCGAGGACUAUUUCAUGACAGCCCUGCGGCUCCGUCAUGAGACCCGAAGCGCCCCCGGCACACCGCAAGGUGGGCAGAGUAAACGCAACGCGACGUUCAGCCCUCGGAUCGUCUUCCAUGACACGUGGCCAAGCCAGGAGUACGACCGUCGCUCCGAGAUUGCAACGUGCAACCGCCUCACACCCAUGCUGGCGCAGCAGAUCAAAGAGGAGCUCAACAACUUUAAGAUGGAGAUGGAAGUGCAUGAGAGCUCCAAGAUCUACACGCAUUUCUUCUGA